AUGCCUCAUUUUGAUUAUUGUUGUAAGGUUUGGGAUGUAUUAGGUAUACUAGUCGAAAGGCUGCAGAAACACCAUAAAAUAUGUGCUAGGGUAAUUAUGCGUUACAAAAACGAGGCUGGAAAGUCUGAAUUAGUCCUACAUCAUCUUGGCUGGAGUUUACUGAGCGAACAAAGAAUUCUUACUGAGGCUUUAAGGUUCUCCAAGACUUGGCACCUGCGCAGCUUUCGAAUAUUUUCAGGGACUCAUGCUCGAACAAAAAUUAUCAUUUAAGUAGCACUGAUAAUUACUUGGCCAUUCCUUUGCCAAAGACUGAAUUUUUAAAGAAGAGUUUGAGCUUUAAUGGUGCUAAGAUCUGGAACUCCUUUCCAAAUGAAAUACGUAGUUCUGAAACUUUGGCUUCGUUUGAUGAGCUUAUUUCAACCUAUAGACCAACUGUGAAAUAAUUUAUUUCUUAUGGAUUAUAUUUAAUGCAUUGAUAGCUUAAUUCAUGAAUAUUAGUGUAUACAUAUAUAUUUUAAAUAGUUUUUUAGCUUUUAUAGCUGGUUCACGCCCCUACUGGAAACUAG